UACACAGAAAAUCCUACGUGUCAUUUAGAUUCACAAACCAAAACCCAUCCCCGCGAGGAUGAAUAUUAGCCAAUUCUGAUCAUCAAUGGCGCUCUCUUCACCCACUGCACUCUCACUUGCUCAUCUUCAUCCUCAUGGACUCCAUCGGAACAACUUACUCUCCUCCAAACCUCGCUUUGGCCGUCUCUUUCCCGCCAAAAAUGGCUCAAGAAUCGUCGCCAUGGCACCCCAAAAAAAGGUAAACAAGUACGAUGAAAACUGGGAAAAGCAAUGGUUCGGUGCUGGAAUUUUCUACGAAGGAAGCGAAGAGGUUGAAGUUGAUGUUUUUAAGAAACUUGAAAAACGUAAAGUGUUGAGCAACGUUGAAAAAGCAGGUCUUUUAUCAAAAGCCGAGGAGUUUGGUGUCACUCUAUCAUCUAUUGAGAAGUUAGGUUUGUUCUCUAAAGCUGAGGAGUUGGGUUUAUUGAGUUUGUUGGAGAAGGUAGCUAGUGUUUCACCAUCCACUCUGGCGUCCGCCUCUUUGCCCAUAUUUCUGGCCGCCGUGGCGGCGAUAGUGGUGAUUCCUGAUGACUCCGUAGGGUUGGUGGUGGUGCAAGCGGUGGUGGCUGGUGCUCUUGGAGUGGGUGCUACUGGUUUGUUUGUUGGGUCUGUUGUUUUGGAUGGUUUACAAGAAGCUGACUGAAUAAUUUUUAUUUGAUUUUGUUGAUUUUAUUUUUUUAGGAAAUUAAAAAUAAAUAAACAUUUUCUUGGGGUAAAGUACUUGCAAAUGUUGUAAAUUACAGAGGAGAAGAUAUCUUUUCUACUUUGUUGAGUUUGGAUUAAAGAAGAUAAUUAAAAUGGAAUUGAUGUCGUUGUGUAAA